UGGCUACCCAUGGAACUGCAUCUUCGCAUGGUUAUGGACCGCGUCUCUGCUAUAUGGACUAUGUCUCUGCCACUUCAGCCACCUAUGGAACUGCGUCUUCGCAUGGGUCCCCCUGAUAGCUACAGCUUCCUUGGAACUGCGUCUUCGCAUGGCUACCACGGAACUGCAUCUUCGCAUGGUUAUGGAUUGUGUCUGCCACUUCAGCCACACAUGGAACUACGUCUUCGCAUGGGUCCCCCUGAUAGUUACAGCUAUCCAUGGAACUCAUCUUU